UCAUAUUGGAGCUGAGGGGACAGAGAGCAACAAGCUCAAGGAUUGAAACUGGACAGCUUCAAGAGAGGAAAACUGAUCAUAUCUAUGAGAUUGUUCUGAUUCAGCUUGUAUUGCUUUGAGCAGAGACAUUAGUUGCAGGAUAUAACUUACAGGUAACAGAAGUGAAGAUGUUUGCGGUGCACUUGCUCUCUUUCUAUUUCUCCAAGCUGCAGGAGGACCAAAUCAAGAAGGUGGACAGGUUCCUGUAUGCCAUGCGUCUCUCCGAUGACCAGUUAGUGGACAUUUCAGCUCGCUUUCGUGCAGGGAUGGAAAAAGGACUGUCCAGUGAAAGCAACGCUACAGCCGCGGUCAAGAUGCUGCCCACACAUGUCCUCUCAACCCCUGAUGGAUCAGAGAAGGGAGAGUUCCUGGCUUUAGAUCUGGGCGGCUCCAAGUUUAAAGUGCUCCAGGUGAAGGUGUCAGAGAAUGGGAAGAGAAGGGUGGAGAUGGAGAGUGAGACAUACCCUAUCCCAGAGGAACUCCUGAACGGUAGAGGGACUGAGAUGUUUGACCAUGUUGCAGAGUCUCUGAAAGACUUCCUGCAAAAGAAGCACAUCAACCAGAAGAGGAAAGCUUUGGGCUUCACCUUCUCUUUCCCGUGUGGACAGUCCAAAAUAGAUGAGGGAGUGCUGUUGUCAUGGUCAAAGAACUACAAGGCCAGAGGAGUCCUGGGGACCAAUGUGGUGCAAUCCCUGAGACAGGCCAUUGAUAGAGUCGGGGGAAUCAAUGUGGAUGUCCUGGCCCUUGUUAAUGACACAGUGGGAACCAUGAUGACCUGUGGCUAUGACGACCAGUGUUGUGAAGUGGGGGUCAUCAUAGGGACAGGUACUAAUGCUUGUUACAUGGAGGAGCUGAGACACAUUGACCUGGUGGAGGGAGACGAGGGCAGGAUGUGCAUCAACACAGAGUGGGGAGCCUUCGGGGACGAUGGGACACUCGAUGACUUCAUUACACACUUUGACCGGGAGAUUGAUGCUGCUUCCACCAACCCAGGGAAGCAACUGUUUGAGAAGAUGGUGAGUGGGAUGUACAUGGGGGAGUUGGUGAGACUCAUUCUGUUAAAGAUGGCCAAGAAGGGACUACUGUUUGAUGGCAGAGUUUCCGAUGCUCUACGCACCAAAGGGAAAUUUCAGACCAAACACAUCACUUUAAUUGAACAGUACAAAGACGGGCUGAAGAACACCAGGGAAAUCCUUAUGGAGCUCGGCCUGUCUCCCUCAGCAGAUGAUUGCCUUGCCGUCCAACACGUCUCCACCAUCGUGUCCUUCAGGUCAGCUAACCUCUGCGCCGCCGCGCUGGCUGCCAUCCUCACCCGCAUCCGCGAGAACAGGAAGCUGAAGAGCUUGCGGAUCACUGUUGGGGUUGACGGAACUGUCUACAGAACACAUCCACAGUACCCCAAGAGGCUCCACAAGGUGGUGCGCCAGUUGGUGCCAGAGUGCCAUGUGCGCUUUGUGCUGUCUGAGAGUGGUAGCAGUAAGGGGGCUGCUAUGGUAACAGCUGUGGCUCAGAGGCUGGCGGCCCAGAGGAGGGAGAUCAACGACACUCUUGCUCUACUCAGCCUGAGUCCAGAGAACCUCCAGCAGGUCAGGGACAAGAUGAGAGUGGAGCUAGAGAGAGGCCUUAGGAGGGAUUCUCACAGAACUGCCUCUGUUAAAAUGCUACCCUCCUUUGUGUACAGGAUACCUGAUGGGACAGAGCGAGGAAAGUACUUGGCGUUGGACCUGGGAGGAACUAACUUCCGGGUGUUGGUGGUGAAGAUCCGGAGUGGAAUACGCAAGUCUGUCCGCAUGUACAACAAAAUCUAUGCCAUCCCUCUGGAGAUCAUGCAGGGCACAGGAGAGGAGCUGUUCGACCACAUUGUCCAGUGCAUCUCAGAUUUCCUGGACUACAUGGGGAUGAAGAACACUCGUCUCCCGCUUGGUUUCACCUUUUCUUUCCCCUGCAGACAGACAGGAAUCGAUAAGGGAAGUUUGGUUAGCUGGACCAAAGGGUUCAAAGCCACAGACUGUGAAGGAAAUGAUGUUGUGGAAAUGCUCCGAGAGGCUAUCAAAAGACGGAAUGAAUUUGAUCUUGACAUUGUUGCCGUGGUGAAUGACACAGUGGGCACAAUGAUGACAUGUGCAUAUGAAGACCCCAAGUGUGAGAUAGGACUCAUUGCUGGAACGGGGAGUAAUGUGUGCUACAUGGAGGAGAUGAGGAACAUUGAGAUGGUGGAGGGGGACGAGGGACAGAUGUGUGUGAACACAGAGUGGGGCGGUUUUGGCGAGAAUGACUGCAUAGAGGACAUCCGGACCAGGUUUGACAGAGAAGUAGAUGAGGGGUCAUUGAACAACGGCAAACAAAGGUUUGAGAAGAUGACAAGUGGUAUGUACUUGGGGGAGAUAGUGAGACAGAUUCUCAUCGACUUAACCAGGAGAGGUCUUCUGUUCCGAGGCCACAUCACAGAGCCUCUGAAGACCAGGGGCAUCUUCGAGACCAAGUUCCUGUCCCAAAUAGAGAGUGACCGGUUGGCGCUACUGCAGGUGAGGUCCAUCCUGCAGCAGCUGGGUCUGGACAGCACAUGUGAUGACAGUAUCAUCGUCAAGGAGGUGUGUGGUACAGUGUCCCGCCGGGCGGCUCAGCUCUGUGGAGCCGGAAUGGCCGCCAUUGUCGACAAAAUCAGAGAGAACCGUGGGCAGAACCAAAUUAACAUCACCGUGGGGGUGGACGGAACACUCUACAAGCUGCAUCCACACUUUUCCAGAAUCCUCAAGGACACGGUCAAGGCUCUGGCGCCACAGUGUGACGUGGAGUUUGUCCUAUCAGAAGAUGGCAGUGGCAAAGGGGCCGCCCUCAUCACAGCUGUGGCGCGUGGAGAGAAUUAACACAAAAUUAGACCUCGUUUAUGCACAAUUUUUUUGUGCCAAACACACAAAGGAAUUGGUAACCUUGUGGUUCUUCCUCAUCUUCAUCUGCCAUUGUAAAUGUAAUGUAUGGAAGGUGUGAUGCUGUGCAAUAUUCUCUGGCCAUAGUACCACUGCAAUAUAAUCAAAUAGCUACUGUUAAGAUUCUGUCUGUAUUGGGAUUCUCCACCUCUACACUGUUAAAACCUAUCUAGACCCUCUUGCAAAACAUUGAAUGGGUUAGGGCGAAGGGGAAGAGGUAGGGAGCAGAUUGAGACUCGCUGCUACUAUCUAGAUGUGUUAUUGCUUUGUUUUGAAAUGGUCCUCAUGCUCUCAGCAGACAGGGACAGCAAUGGGAGUGGGCCAGAGCAGAGGGUGUUGGAAAAUGGAAUAGAUCAGACUGUAAUGUCAUGGCAACACUAUUCAACAUUGUGAUGAUCUGGUGGGUGAAGUCUGAGGAUGUUAAACUUUCAAAUUUGUUCAAGCAACAGAGUAUGUGUCAACUUGUGUGAUGCUUUUUUAUUUUAAAUAUCAACAGGACUAAUUCCACUUAUAUGAAUAUAUUAGUACUGAAGGAAAUCCCUAUCUCCAUGUACAGAAUGUACCCAUUAAAGGUAUGUGUAUUCAAUAAACUACUCCAAAUAAUACAA